AUGCCAAAGAACUGGAAAGCUUACCAGGUACCACUGUCUUCCAGAGUGGCCCACCAGCUCAGACCACCCUCCCUGGAGCAGCUCUUCCUCAGACACCGUGCCAUCUCUGUUUCUAGGGACAGCGGUUCAGUGACACAGUGUGAGCAGCAGAGCCACGGGAUGAGGCCCCAGACAGCAAACCCAAGGAACGGCAGCGCAGUGACUGAGUUCAUCCUCGUGGGCUUUGAGCAGAGCUCCCCUUCCACCCGGGCAUUGCUCUUCACCCUCUUCCUGGCUCUCUACAGCCUCGCCAUGGCCAUGAACGGCCUCAUCAUCUUCAUCACAUGGACUGACCCCAGGCUCAACAGCCCCAUGUACUUCUUCCUUGGGCACCUGUCUUUCCUGGACAUCUGCUUCAUCACGACCACCAUCCCACAGAUGUUGGUCCAUCUGGUGACCAAGAGCCACACUGUCUCCUUUGUCUCCUGUUUGACUCAGAUGUAUCUGGUUUUUGGUGUGGGUGUGGCCGAGUGCAUCCUCUUGGCUUUCAUGGCCUAUGAUCGCUAUGUUGCCAUCUGCCACCCACUGAACUAUGCCCAGAUCAUGAGCCAGAAGGUGUGUGUCAGGCUGGUGUGUUCUUCCUGGAUCUUUGGGAUGGUCAAUGGCAUCCUUCUUGAGUAUGUGUCAUUCAGGAAUCCCUUCUGCAAAGACAACCACAUAGAAAACUUCUUCUGUGAGGCUCCCAUAGUGAUUGCCCUCUCCUGCGGGGAUCCCGAGUUCAGCAUGAAGGUGAUCUUUGUGGAUGCCAUUGUGGUGUUGCUCAGCCCCAUGGUGCUCAUUGUCACCUCCUAUGCCCGCAUCCUGGCCUCCAUCCUCCGCAGGGCCUCCUCCUCAGGCCACGGGAAAACCUUUUCUACUUGUGCCUCCCACCUGACCGUGGUCGUCUUUUUGUACACCUCAGCCAUGUUCUCUUACAUGAAUCCCCGCAGUACACAUGGGCCUGACAAAGACAAGCCUUUCUCCCUCCUCUACACCAUCAUCACCCCCAUGUGCAACCCGGUCAUCUACAGCUUCCGCAACAAGGAGAUGAAGGGGGCCAUGGGGAGGGCUCUUGGGAGAGGCAGCCUGGCUCAGGCAGCAUCUGCCAGGAAGAAGGGUAUCUGGAGAGGUUUCCUCGACGGGGAGUAG